GGCUGCGGAGCUGGAGCUGAAGCCGGGCGCGGGCGGCCGCGGUCCCGGCGGCGGCGACGGCAGCGGGAGAAGAUGGUGGCGCUGGAGGUAGGGCCGGCUGGAGCGGAGCUUGAUUCCCAGGCUCGGCAUCGAGGUUGUCAUUAGCGCCGCCUGCUCCCGCGGGCCCGGGGACGCAGCUGUCAGGCAAGAUCAGCGGAUCAAAAUGAGCGCGCAGUGAGCCAGCUCAGCCUCUCUCGGAGUGGUCACCUACGCCCACCAUGAACCACUUGGAGGGGCCCGCGGAGGUGGAGGUGACCGAAGAGGCCGCAGGUGGGGAGGUGAACGAGUCGGUGGAGGCCGACCUCGAGCGCCCCGAGGUGGAGGAGGAACAGCAGCAGCAACAUGCAGGCGGCCACCCGCGGGGGCGCGCCUUCGAGGACCCCCGCGUCCAGCUGGGGCAGCAGGAGGAGGAGGAGCGCGGGGAGUGCCUGGCUCGCUCGGCCAGCACAGAGAGCGGCUUCCACAACCACACGGACACGGCUGAGGGCGACGUGAUUGCCGUGGCCCGCGAUGGCUACGACGCGGAGCGUGCGCAGGAUCCAGAGGACGAGAGCGCGUAUGCGGUUCAGUACCGGCCCGAGGCCGAGGAGUACACGGAGCAGGCGGAGGCUGAGCACGCUGAGGCCGCACACCGCCGCGCGCUGCCCAACCACCUGCACUUCCACUCGCUGGAGCAUGAGGAGGCCAUGAAUGCCGCCUACUCGGGCUACGUCUACACGCACCGGCUCUUCCACCGCAGUGAGGACGAGCCCUACGCUGAGCCCUACGCCGACUAUGGCGGCCUCCAGGAGCACGUGUACGAGGAGAUCGGGGACGCGCCCGAGCUGGAGGCCCGUGAAGGCCUGCGGCUGUACGAGCAGGAGGGGGACGAGGCGGCUGCCUACCGUCAGGAGGCCCUGGGCGCACGGCUGCAUCACUACGAUGAGCGCUCUGAUGGAGAGUCCGACAGCCCCGAGAAGGAGGCCGAGUUCGCGCCCUACCCGCGCAUGGACAGCUACGAGCAGGAAGAGGACAUCGACCAGAUCGUGGCCGAGGUGAAGCAGAGCAUGAGCUCGCAGAGCCUCGAUAAGGCGGCCGAGGACAUGCCCGAGGCCGAGCAGGACCUGGAGCGUGCCCCUACCCCGGGCGGGGGCCGCCCCGACAGCCCUGGGAUGCAGGCGCCGCGGGCGGUGGGCACUGCAGGCAGCGGCGAGGCGGUGCAGCGGUACAGCAAGGAGAAGAGGGAUGCCAUCUCGCUGGCCAUCAAGGACAUCAAGGAGGCCAUCGAGGAGGUGAAAACCAGGACCAUCCGUUCGCCUUACACUCCCGACGAGCCCAAAGAGCCCAUCUGGGUCAUGCGCCAGGACAUUAGCCCCACCAGGGACUGUGAUGACCCGAGGCCAGUGGAUGGAGAUUCUCCGUCUCCUGGCAGCUCCUCGCCCCUGGGUGCAGAGUCCUCUGGUACACCCCAUCACCCCAGUGAUCCCGCAGAAGCCUCCACCAACAAAGAGUCAAGAAAAAGCUUGGCGUCAUUUCCAACCUACGUUGAAGUUCCCGGACCUUGUGACCCCGAAGACCUGAUCGAUGGAAUCAUUUUUGCUGCCAAUUACCUUGGCUCCACCCAGUUGCUCUCAGACAAAACUCCUUCCAAAAAUGUGCGCAUGAUGCAGGCCCAGGAGGCAGUAAGCAGGAUCAAGAUGGCCCAGAAAUUAGCCAAAAGCAGGAAGAAGGCUCCUGAGGGUGAAUCUCAGCCAAUGACAGAAGUGGAUCUCUUCAUAUCUACCCAGAGAAUCAAAGUAUUGAAUGCCGACACACAGGAAACAAUGAUGGACCACCCCCUGAGGACCAUCUCCUACAUUGCCGACAUCGGAAACAUCGUUGUGCUCAUGGCCCGCAGGCGGAUGCCCCGCUCCAACUCCCAGGAGAACGUGGAAGCCUCCCACCCCUCCCAGGACGGAAAACGGCAGUACAAAAUGAUCUGCCACGUCUUCGAGUCGGAGGACGCCCAGCUGAUCGCACAGUCCAUUGGGCAGGCAUUUAGUGUAGCAUACCAGGAAUUCCUCAGGGCCAAUGGGAUUAACCCUGAAGAUCUCAGCCAGAAGGAGUACAGUGACCUCCUCAAUACCCAGGACAUGUACAAUGAUGACCUGAUUCACUUCUCCAAGUCUGAAAACUGCAAAGAUGUUUUCAUAGAGAAGCAGAAGGGAGAAAUCCUGGGCGUGGUGAUAGUGGAGUCCGGCUGGGGCUCCAUCCUGCCCACAGUGAUCAUAGCCAACAUGAUGCACGGAGGCCCCGCCGAGAAGUCCGGGAAGCUGAAUAUUGGCGACCAGAUCAUGUCCAUCAAUGGCACCAGCCUGGUGGGCCUGCCCCUGUCCACCUGCCAGAGCAUUAUUAAGGGCUUGAAGAACCAGUCCCGCGUCAAGCUGAACAUCGUGCGGUGUCCUCCCGUCACCACCGUGCUGAUCCGGAGACCGGACCUGCGCUACCAGCUGGGGUUCAGUGUCCAGAACGGAAUCAUCUGCAGCCUCAUGCGUGGAGGGAUAGCCGAGCGGGGCGGCAUCCGCGUGGGACACCGGAUCAUCGAAAUCAACGGACAGAGUGUUGUCGCCACCCCGCACGAGAAGAUCGUCCACAUCCUUUCCAAUGCUGUUGGGGAGAUCCACAUGAAGACGAUGCCAGCCGCCAUGUACCGGCUGCUGACGGCCCAGGAGCAGCCGGUUUACAUCUGA